AUGGAAUUGGAAGUAGGAAAAGGCCAAAACGAAUCUGUUAAUGCUGCUGUAACUCCACUUGUAACUACUUGUGGAUGGAAAAGGUCCAUUGAUGGUCGCUUUAUGAGCAAUUUGAAGGAUUUUGUGAAUACCCCUAUGGCUGAUCACAAGGUUUGCUUCAAAAAUACUAUUGACAAGAAGGUUGAAAAUUUUCGAAAGCAAGUUCGUAGGCUUAAAAGGUGGGAAAAGUUCUGCGACCAUCCAAUGGCUGCCCGCAGAGGAGAAUCAUCCGACAUGACACACGCAUAUGCAACUUUUGAUCAAUUUUAUUAG